CUCGACUCCCGCGACCCGCACCGUACCCCCACCGCGCCUGGAGGAUGAUGAAGCUCAAGUCGAACCAGACCUGCACCUACGACGGCGACGGCUACAAGAAAUGGGCCGCAUGCCUGUGUUUCCGCAGCGAGAGUGAGGAGGAGGUGCUACUUGUGAGCAGUAGUCGCCAUCCAGACCGACGGAUUGUCUCUGGAGGAGGCAUGGAGCCGGACGAGGAACCAAGUGUGGCAGCAGUCCAUGAAGUCUGUGAGGAGGCUGGAGUAAAAGGGACAUUGGGAAGAUUAGUUGGAAUUUUCGAGAACCAGGAGAGGAAGCAUAGAAUGUAUGUCUAUGUGCUCAUUGUCACAGAAGUGCUGGAGGACUGGGAAGACUCAGUUAACAUUGGAAGGAAGAGGGAAUGGUUUAAAAUAGAAGAUGCCAUAAAAGUGCUACAGUACCACAAACCCGUGCAGAUGUCAUAUUUUGAAACGUUGAGGCAAGGCUACUCAGCCAACAAUGGCACCCCGGUCGCCGCUACCACAUACUCAGUUUCGGCUCAGAGCUCGAUGCCAGGCAUCAGAUGACGGAAGAUUUGCUGUAAAAGAAAUGGAAAUGGGAAACUCGACUGAAGUGCAGAUCCUCCCUCUCACCCUUGCUCUUUUCACCUCCUCACAGGCCGCCUCUUUGAAAUAAGGCAUGAUGGGCAGCAGAGAAAGGGUUUGUUGAUAAUGUUGCUGUUUGGUGUUAAGUGAUGGGGCUUUUUCUUCUCUUUUUAUUGAGGGGGUGGGGGUUGGGUAUGUAAUUUGUAAGUACUUUUGUGCAUGAUCUGUCCCUCUCUUUUCACACCCUUACAAUUCUCUAAAAAGAGGCUGCCUUUCCUCUU